GUGACCCCUGCCCCUUCCUUCCUGAAUCUGAAAGCAACCCUAGCCUCCAAACUUCAAAGGCUCAAACGGUAACCUUAGCCUCCACCACCGCCAUUGUCUUCGUCGUGGUAGGUUUCGUCGUCGUCUUCGUCUUCCUUUUGUCGCGUUCGUCUUCGUCUGCCACUCUGCUCUAUGGUCGCCGUCAUCCUCGUCUCCCCUCUGGUCGCCGUCGCCGUCGUCUGCUCGGUGCAGGCCAGUUCUCAGUGCUCGCGUUGUCUCUUUUUUGCGUCGCGACAGCACCGCCGUGCUUGUUCGCGGGGUCGCGGUGGAGCACACCCGAAGAACCAUUAGCGCCACCCUCGUUCAUCGCGCCACCACCGUUCGUCGCACCUCCGUCCUUGUUGCCAUUCACCGAGGCACCGACCUUGGUGCCAUUGCUUCGCUCCGCCGUGCGACAACAGAUCCGUUGAACCAUAGUUGAACCAGUUGGACCAAUAAACUAAUGAACCAGUAGCUAAAGCAAUUCGAUGACCAGUCCGGUUUUCAGAACCUUGCUAACACCCUAACACCCUCAGAAGUCAGAACGUCUCCCUCUUAGACUCAAACUUCUAUCUUCUCUCUCACUGCCCAUCCCACUAGUCUCUCUCUCAAUCUUACCCGAGUCUCGUCUCAGUUACACUUCACUUGGCGUCUCGUCGUUCGUCUCGCGGCCUUCCUCGUCGUCUCACUCAAGUCUUGUCCCUAGGCUCCUCGUCGCCCGCGGCAGAGGCAACUCCUGGGGUCGUAGCUUGCUUCAUGCCUCUUGUGGGGUCGUCUUCUGGUUUCUGCUCGCCGUCUUCUGGUUUCUGUUCGUCGUCGUCGCCGUGGACUGUUAAAAAUAGGUGUUUCAAUUAAAAACAAAUGAGAAUAUGGUUCUUCAAUCAGAGAGUUUAAGAGGUUCUUUAGUACUUCCUCAGCCACGUUCCUCCUCAUCUCGAGGCCACUGCCGAGCAGGCUCGCCAGUCCGCCGCAUGGUCUCUCUCUUUUGCUUUCACGAAGCCACUGAUCAGGAUCGCAGGUUCCUUGCGUUGUCUAUCUCUCCCUCUCACAAAGCUGCUGCCGCUGUCGUCUCGCAGGUUAUGCUGUUAUGACAAGUGAAGAUUCUUGUUCAUUGUGUGUUCCUAUCCAUAAAUUCAAUGGAUAUGGAGUAUGGGGGCCUAUGACAAAAGAACUCAGGCCAAAGUUUGAUGCCUUUACAUUUCAAGUGAAUUCUCAAUUCGGCUUUCAUAUUCCAGAGAUUCAGAUUUAAUAUCUGCUUGUGUGCUACCCAUGGUUCGUAGACUUUCAUCCUAUUCUUCCAAUGAGUUCAUUCUUUCACUAUCAACCUCCAAAAUUUCACCUUUCUCAAAAAUUUCAAUUUUAUCAACAUCAUCAUUAUCAUCAUUAUCAUCAUCAUCUUCUUCUUCUCCUCCGCCUCCUCCUCUAGUCCCUGAUCAUGUCUCUCAUUGUAAACCAAUUUUUAGUCCCUUCUACCAUCUCCUUCCUCAUACCCAAAACCCUAACAAAAUAGUCAACCUCAUCUCUUCAACCUUGAAGCAAAAAAGUCCCAACCUUUCACUUCUUCAGAAUGAUAUCAGAGCUAUUCUCCCCAAAUUGGGUGCCAAUCAGAUCUCAAGGAUCUUACUUAGGUCCCAAUCAGAUUACUCUUCAGCUCUCACCUUUUUCAAUUGGGUUAAGCAUGAUUUGGGUAUUAUACACACUGUUCAGAACUAUUGCAUAGUUAUUCACAUACUAGCAUGGUCUGGAAUAUUCUCUGAGUCCAUGAAUUUGUUGUCUGAAUUGAUACAAUUGGUUGAGGUUCAGAGUUUUGCCCCAAAUGAAGACAUUCAUCAGAAUUUGGCUGUGUGUGCUGAAAAUUGUAAUUGGAAUCCAGUGAUCUUUGAUAUGCUUAUCAAGGCCUAUGUUAAGGUUGGUAUGAUUGAGAAGGGUUUAGAAACUUUUCGGAAGAAUGUUGAGGCUUGUUUUGUGCCUAGUGUAACUGCUUGCAAUUGUUUACUUAGUGGUUUGUCUAAGUUUAACUAUGAUGGUUAUUGUUGGGAAGUAUAUGAAGAGAUGGGAAGACUUGGGAUACAUGGGAAUGGUUAUACUUUCAAUAUUUUGACCCAUGUUUUGUGCAAAGAUGGUGAUUCGGAUAAGGUGAAUGGGUUCCUGGAUAAAAUGGAGGAAGAAGGAUUUGAACCUGAUUUGGUGACAUAUAAUACACUGCUUAAUAGUUAUUGUAGGAAAAGAAGGUUGGAGGAUGCAUUUUAUCUUUAUAAGAUCAUGCACAUUAGAGGUGUGAUGCCUAACUUGAUUUCGUUUACGGCCUUGAUGAAUGGCCUUUGUAAGGAAGGGAAGGUCAAGAAGGCUCAUCAACUUUUCCAUCAGAUGGUUCAUAGUGGGAUAGAUCCAGACAUUAUUUCAUAUAACACUCUCAUAGGUGGUUAUUGCAGAGAAGGAAAGACACAAAUGUGUAGAUUGCUAUUGCACGAAAUGGUAGGAAAAGGGAUUUGUCCCGACAACAUCUCUUGUCGGCUUGUCAUUAAAGGAUAUGUAAAGGAUGGAAAGUUGGCAUCUGCCUUGAAUUUGGUUGUGGAGCUUAAGAGAUUCAGAGUUAAGAUUCCUGAAGAUUUACACGAUUAUCUUCUAGUUGCAUUGUGUAAAGAACGUAAACCGUUUGCAGCUAGAAGUCUUCUGCAAAGGGUAUCCGAGGAUGGUGGCUAUACACCUAAAGUGAGUACCUAUAAUGAAGUUGUGGUGUCUCUAUGUAAAUUCAAUAAUGUGGAAGAGGCAAUCGCAUUGAAAUCUGAGAUGGCAAAGAAGGGCAUGAGUCUUAAUCUCAGUGCCUAUGGAGCUAUUAUACGCUGCUUGUGCGAGGCAAACAAGACUAUGGAAGCUGAAGGUUUGUUGGAGGAAAUGGUUUGUUCUGGUAUUCUCCCUGAUCUAGAAAUAUGCCGAGUGUUCGUAAAUGGCUAUUGCAAAGAACGAAAUGUCGAACAAGCUGUUUUGUUGCUGAACUUAUUUGCUAAGGAGUUUCGAGUUUAUGAUACCGAAAGCUACAACGCAGUUGUCAAAGUCUUUUGCGAGGAUGGUAAUGUGGCCGAGUUGAUGGAGCUUCAGGAUAGGCUGCUCAAAGUUGGGUAUGUUCCGAACAGCCUAACUUGUAAGUAUGUGAUCCAAGGAUUGCAGAAAACUAUGGUACUAGAUAAUGAGUUAUUGGACCAAACCAUGCUUGAAACCUAGUAAUAGUAUUGUCCUAAUCUAGGAUUGUACCCCUCCCACUUGGCCAAUUUUUUAGCCAUGAAUGCCCCAGGGCAAUUCUUAACAAUGUCUCAGCAAAAUUCAUAAUUUAAUUAUGAGAGAUACAUAAACAUAAUUAUACGAAUAUAUAGAUAUAUAGAUGCUUAUCUAUAUAUUGUUUAUAUGGCAAUAUUAUUA